AUGAAGCCCCUUCCCCAUCCCAUAGAGACCCUCACCUAUCCCUCAGAGACCCUCACCCAUCCCUCGAAGCCCCUCACCCAUCCCUCGAAGCCCCUCACCCAUCCCUCCCAGCCCCUCGCCCAUCCCUCCAAGCCCCUCACCCAUCCCUCCAAGCCCCUCACCCAUCCCCCCAAGCCCCUCACCCAUCCCUCGAAGCCCCUCGCCCAUCCCUCCAAGCCCCUCACCCAUCCCUCGAACCCCUCGCCAUCCCUAGAAGCCCUUCACCCAUCCCUCGAAGCCCCUCACCAUCCCUCCAAGCCCCUCACCCAUCCCUCCAAGUCCCUCGCCCAUCCCUCCAAGCCCCUCACCAUCCCUAGAAGCCCCUCGCCUAUCCCUAGAAGCCCCUCGCCCAUCCCUCCAAGCCCCUCGCCCAUCCCUCAAAGCCCCUCACCAUCCCUAGAAGCCCCUCGUCCAUCCCUAGAAGCCCCUCGCCCAUCCCUAGAAGCCCCUCACCCAUCCCUCAAAGCCCCUCACCCAUCCCCCGUAGCCCCUCACCCAUCCCUCCAAGCCCCUCGCCCAUCCCUCCAAGCCCCUCACCAUCCCUAG